UAAAGAUGUGUUGUUAUAGAUAUGAUGAAGAUUUCACAAUAGAACACUUGUUUUCUUAACACAAGUAUAAAGACUUUCAUAAAGCUAAGUUAACAUUGAGAGUAAAGUGUCAGUCUAGCAGAAAACUGAUGGAUACACACUGGAUGAGUGGAUUAUUUGUGGAUAUACACUCGGAGUCUAAUAAUACACAAGGCAGUGAUCAAAUCAUGAAAGAUAUAAAGUGACGCUGGAAUAUGUAUUGGAUCAAAUUAUCAAAGAUAUAAAGUGACGCCUGAAAUAAAUUCAAAAGAUGGUACUCCCGACGCCAACAGAUGUUUUAGUCUCUGUCCUCACCUGCUAUCUCCUGUCUGUGGCUAUUGCAGGGCAACUAUCAGGUGUGUGUCAGUACGGCUGGUUCGGUCAGGCGUGUCAGUACAAAUGUCACUGUCAAAAAGACGAAUGUCACAACGGCUACUGCCCUCUGGGCUGUGGGAAGGGAUGGUUCGGUCCGCAAUGUCAGUUUGCUGACUUGCUCCAGACAGCAACUGACCAGUACUGGGCCACUGACAGAUGUCCUGUAGAUAAACUUUUUGAAAAUGUCAGCAUUCGAUGGAAUAGGACGCAAACAUUCUCGUGGUUAAGGUUAAUGUUUAGGUUCAAAGUUCCAGAUUCAAUUGGCGAUUUGCAGAUCGUUUUCAAUCAGACAUCGAACAGUGCCACCGGCUGCCAGGAUAAGAAGAUGUCAAAAGUGAAUGACAGGACGAUUGACAUCUACUGUGACAUCAGCAUUGUUGAUGACAUUGUUGUAUCAGGGGAGGGGCUGGAGGAUCUGUGUAGAGUUUACAUAAGUGGAGGCCGAAAUCUGGCGCUCAGGCAGAUGACGUCACAGAUAUCCAACUACACUAGUCCAGUUCACACAUCUGUGGCCGCCAACUCCGUAGACGGCAACCUAGCGAAUAGCUUCUUCUCCAACAGCUGCAGCCAUACCAUGGAGAAUACAUGGAACCCCUGGUGGAGGGUGGAGUUUCCCCACCCCGGGGUGGUGACCCGGGUAGUGGUGUACAACAGGGAUGAGUGA